CAACUGUAACUUCCGACGCGACGCGACACAGUACUGACAGUGUUGCAGCUGCACAGAAACUUAUACUUGCGGAGGAGACAUGGAAAGAAUAGUUGUGCCCCCUGUGGGGCCCACAGACCUACCCAUGUCCUUGCUGGAGAUGGGCUGCUCUGGCAGGUUCGAGCUCAUCACAGACCCAUUGCCAAAGAACCAGCCUUUACCUCCUCUGAGCACGCUCCCCCACGGCCUCCCCCCCACCAGUGUGGACCUAAAGACAGGGGUAGAGAAGCGCUUCCUACGCGACCCUGCCUGGCUCCCCCUACAUGACACAGAUGCCGCCUUCCAGAAGUUUCUGAAGGUGGCCCACAGGGAGAUGGACGUGGACUCACUGCUCCUCUGCUCCUCCGCUCCCCUCCACUCUGGGCUGUCUGUGGUCAGAGACCCCACCACAGGAAUGCUUCUGGACUUCACAGAGGUGCUGCUGGAGAACACAGGUCUUUCAUCAAAGAAUUCUCUUUCUCUGCAACGGCAGCCUGGAGCCCCAUCUGAAAGCUUGAGAGGAAGUAACACCAACUACCCCUUCCUGCCCGGUGGGAUGGAUGAGCUCACACUGGAGCAGAUCAAGACGAAGUCUGACCUGGAGGAGGACAUAGACUUUGAGAACAAUUUACUCACUGUGGCCCCUGGACUUAAAGCUGAUAUGGACUUCAGUGAUAAAAAUGCCAAAACUGCAAAGGCACCAGUCAACCUCUUGUCCCUCCUGUCCACCUUUGAUGACAUCAUUGACGUGCACCCAGAGGGGCAGGAGCAGGCCAGGAAGGUGGAGAUGCUCCUAAACUACCCCAGAACCAACAGCCUCGAGGACCUGGGGAUCAAGGACUCUGUUUCCACCCCCACGCCAGCCGCAGCUGUCUCCACCCCGGAUCACGAGGGGGUGUCCAAGCCAGCAGCGGCCCAGGAGGAGACCAAGAAAUGGGCCAUUCCAGUCGACAUCACCUCCCCCUGUGAAGACUUCUACAAACGCAUCCCCAACCCAGCCUUCAAGUGGCCUUUUGAGUUGGACGUGUUCCAGAAGCAGGCGGUUCUGAAGCUGGAGGCCCACGAGUCUGUGUUUGUGGCUGCUCACACAUCUGCAGGCAAAACGGUGGUGGCAGAAUAUGCCAUUGCAUUAUCCCAGAAACACAUGACCAGGACCAUCUACACCUCCCCCAUCAAGGCUCUGUCCAAUCAGAAGUUUCGGGACUUCAAGGCCACGUUCAGUGACGUGGGUCUGCUGACGGGGGAUGUUCAGCUGAGCCCUGAGGCCUCCUGCCUCAUCAUGACCACGAGUGAUACUGAGGUGCUGACAGAACACAGCCAACCAAUCACACAACCCCACUGCCCCUCUGACAGAACACAGCCAACCAACCCACACAGCCUACUGCUCCUCACUAACAUUACAAGAGACUAUUUUAAACACUUUGGUUGUGAGUGUUGUGGGGAAAGGUCUUGUACUGUAAACUUGAAUAUCCCCAACUGUCUCUUCCCCUUCCUUUUGUCGCUAUCUCUUUCCUCCACCUUUUACCCCCCCCCCCUCCAUCUUUCUCUCCCUCUCUCUCCCGUGUGUCAGUUCAUCCGGGUGCAGGAGAGGAUGAAGGUGCAGGAGGAUCUGGACAAGCUCCUCUUCCUCACCUCCGACCAGUCUCUGUCUCUGCUGCCAGAGUACCACCAGAGAAUCGAGGUGCUCAAGUCCCUGGACUACGUGGACAAGGGCGGGGCGGUGCAGCUGAAGGGCCGCGUGGCGUGCCAGAUCUCCUGCCACGAGCUGCUGCUGACCGAGCUGCUGUUUGAGAACGCCCUGAGCCCCCUGGCCCCGGAGGAGAGCGCCGCCCUGCUGUCCUGCCUGGUCUUCACGCAGAAGACCCAGGUGGAGCCCCACCUCACCAGCACCCUGCAGGAGGGUAUUGCACGCGUGCUGUCUGUGGCCCAGCGUAUCGGCGAGCUGCAGAGGAGUUUUGGGAUAGCCCAGACGGCUGAGGACUUUGUGUCCCAGUUGAAGUUUGGUUUGACCGAGGUGGUUUACUGCUGGGCCAGGGGCAUGCCAUUUGCAGAGAUCGCCCAGCUGACUGACGUCCAGGAGGGCACGGUGGUGCGCUGCAUCCAGCGCCUGGACGAGGUGUUGAAGGAGGUGCGCCAGGCGGCUCGCAUCGUAGGAGACUCAGUGCUGGGCAGCAAAAUGGAGAAAGCCUCCCUGGCCAUCCGCAGAGACAUCGUCUUCACCGCUUCACUCUACACACACUGAGGGAAAGGAGGGAUGAAUAAAAAGAGGGGGGGGGGGGGUUGUGUGUGCGUGUGAAGGUGCCUGCUGCCAAGCAUGUUUUGGUUCUCGAUUUGGUGUGUGAGCAUGUGCCAAAGAGGUAGAAUGAAA